GUAUGACGUUUGGCUUCAUUUGGGUAUCAGUGAGAUCAGGCUUAUCUUGAACGAUUCGGGUCCUGUCAACCUGUUCCGCCUCGUCAUCAAUCCCCAGAGCUUUUCCCAAUCUGUGGAAAAUCCAUUCCAUAUUUCGUGCCUCUUUCGCAACCGGCUCUGUGAGCGCCAUGGUUUCUGCUGGUUUGUUUCAAUGUCUUGGACUCAUCUGUAAUCUCGUGCUGUUUGCUCCGACAUCUGCCCGAAGGCACUUAUUGACGCGCUCGUCAUCGUCAAGACAGCCAGAUAAAUGUGACAGAUACACAGCUCCCUAUCCAUUCCACCUUUCGUUCGAAGAAGGACGGAGUCCUCAGGUAUUCGUAUCAUUUCCAAGUAGGAUCCUUAAGUUAGUGUGCGCUGCGGUUGCGUCUUACCAGAAUCAACCAACGCUUUGUCUACGCCUGUCGGCAUUCGACCAGAAGUGUAUGCCUUCGUUGGCGCAUUUAUCCUAUCGUCUGAGCUGCAUCCGGGCAGCAAACUUCAGGACACUCACAAGAACGAGCCAAGCUAAUACAGCUACUGAUGAUUCACUUGUUCCGACCUGGUGGAUGUGAUUGUGAAAGCUGUUCGUCGUACGAACUGAUAUUUGCAGGCGAGGAUGGGCAGUUUACGAGACACAAGAUCCGAUCCCUCA